AUGAAAAAUGAGGCCCGACAUGUUCCUCUAUUUGCCCUCAAUGCUGUUUUUUGGGUCGUUAAAGUCCGGCUCAAAUCACACUUUGUCAAUAUUGAGUUAGGCGAAUUCGCUUUAAGCUCCCUAAGCAAAGUAAGUAAGAAGAUACCAGGUUCUUUGCCUUGUUCUAAAGCUCAACAUUUACCUUCUACUCGUAUCUAUUCCAUCUGUACUUCAAGACAGCAUACUGACGACAAAAUAAAGAAGGAUUCAUUUUCUUCUAUAUAUACCUCUUCUGACCAUAUACAAUGUGUAUCUAACAUGCCGUGCAAUGUUUACAAAGUUGCCAUAGUCCUCCCAGUCGCGGUUCUACUCUUUUUGUUCGCCUUUUAUUAUCACCGCGUUACGCACUCUAGUCGAGUGUUUGAGCCCCCACCUUCGACCCACCAUUACAUCGUAAGACCAGAAGAAGGGUCAAAUCCAGACUACCUACUGGAUCUAGACUCCAUUCCAUGGCCAAAUGUAAAGCGACCAAAUAUUAGCAACAAUCUGAUGGUUGCGAACUUGGCACCUUUCGACAUGAAAAUGAGUCCUGGCCAAUACGCCACCUUGGAAAGGCUUAUUAGUCAGUUUGAACAGGUUAUGAUUUCCUUGAAACUGCAAGAUCAGUGGUUCCUUGGUUCUGGGUCCCUGCUUGGCUCACUUCAACAUCAUGACCUUAUUCCCUGGGACGAUGAUGCUGAUUUGUGUGUCCACCUUCGCCAUCGUUCACGAAUUCAAGAGGCCCUAACAAAUCUUCAACCUGAAUUUGGAAUGUUUUGGCACCACAAUCGAGACAAGCUCUUUUUUAAGCCACUGGAAGAAGGUGCCAAAACUGACCUAAACACAAUUGGCAGCCAUGCUUUUUUCCGUAGACCCUGGGCUUGGCCAUUCAUUGACAUCUUUUACUACAGGGAAAUUGAUGCUGUGAGAGGACAGGAGUUCCAUGAAAGAUAUCACAAAUUUAACAUGAGUGACAUCUUUCCUCUUACCUACAGACCCUUCGGCAAACGCUGGUAUCCGGCACCAAGAAGACCUAUUAGUUUUCUCCGAAGUUACUAUUCAACAAAGGAACAGUAUUGCUCAUCUCAUUCUUAUUCACAUGCUCUAGAGAAGUCAGUCGUCCCCGAAUACAUGGACUGUAGAAAACUGAUGGAAAGAUAUGCCUUUGUUCACCGUUGUCCCAUACCUGAGGAGGAGAGAGGCAACACAUCUUUGGGAUUGUGUGAUGAGCAUUUGGUUGAUGGUAAUGGCCGAAGUGUGCAUACGAUACGAACAGUUCUUGACCCAGAUGAAAUGAGUAUACCCUUGUAUACAGUCAGACAUGAGUCAUUCAAAUGCCCCUAA